AAUCGUCAAGUCCGGAGUCAUAAAACCCUACUCAGAGAAUUUCUGGUGAUCUUACAAACCCUAGGUGAUACUUUUUGAUGGCAAGAACCUCUUCUUCUCUUUUCCCCUAAAGAAAGGAGCAGCCUCUUCUCUCAAAACGCCAAUCUCGCGACACUGACAAUGUCUCUUGUGGCGAACGAGGAUUUUCAGCACAUAUUGCGUGUGCUGAACACAAAUGUUGACGGGAAGCAGAAGAUAAUGUUUGCUCUGACUUCGAUCAAAGGUGUCGGUAGGCGAUUUGCUAACAUCGUCUGCAAGAAGGCUGAUGUUGACAUGAACAAGAGAGCUGGCGAGUUAACUGCUGCUGAGCUUGACAAUCUCAUGGUUAUUGUAGCAAAUCCACGUCAGUUCAAAAUCCCAGAUUGGUUUCUGAACAGACAGAAGGAUUACAAGGAUGGAAAGUUUUCUCAAGUUGUCUCUAAUGCUCUGGACAUGAAGUUGAGAGAUGAUUUGGAGCGCUUGAAGAAGAUCAGGAACCACCGCGGUCUGAGGCACUACUGGGGUCUCCGAGUCCGUGGUCAGCACACUAAGACAACCGGUAGAAGGGGAAAGACUGUUGGUGUCUCCAAGAAGCGUUGAGUCCUUCAUUACUGUUCUUUAGCGAGGACAUCUACAUGAAUUGGCAGAGUUAACUACAUUAAAAUGCUCCUUUUUGGCUACUGGAAAUUGUACUUAAAUUCUGAUGUGAUUCUCCCGAUUUAUUUUAUUGUCCCUUUGAAAACUUUCAUGUUCUCGUGGAACUAUUUACUGUUCUUACAUGGUUUUAGCAGAUUUGCUAGUGUUUUUCCUGA